UGUUAGGGACUAUUCCUUCAAGCUCGUGCUAACAUUACCGUACGAAAACAGCAUGGACUCGCUAUGGACUAUGGCGGUUUGCGCGUUCGUCCUAAUUAUGCAACAUUUACCAUCAGCCCAAUGUACAGCAUGGCCGUGCGACUUUGAGACCAGUGACCUUUGCGGGUACACACAAGACAGCACAGAUGACCUGGACUGGACCCGUCAUUCCGGACAAACACCAACCUCUGCCACUGGACCGUCAGUUGAUCAUACUCUUGGUUCUGGUUAUUACGUGUACCUGGAGACAUCUGUGGGCAGUCCAGGUGACGCUGCCCGCCUUGUCUCCGCGCUCUUCCCCGUCAGCAGUGUUCCCUACUGCCUGAGGUUCUACUACCACAUGUUCGGGGACAGCAGCAUGGGGACUCUGAACGUGUACAUCAGGAAGCAAGGCAUCCUGGGAGCCCCGGUUUGGACUGUUACCGGUAACCAGGGAAACGCCUGGCAGUUCGGACAUGCGCAGUUGGACGGAAGCAGCAGUUUUAACGUCGUCUUCGAGGCCGUUCGCGGAAACGGCUUCAGGGGAGACAUCGCUAUCGACGACGUCACCGUCAGUGAUGAAUGUGAUCCGAUAACAACAACCGUUCUGCCAACGACAACUCCGUAUCCGCUAGCCUCUCCAAACUGUACAUUUGAAGUGUCGUCAAUCUGCGGGUACCGACAAGACAUCCACGACUCAGCUCAGUGGACAUGGCACCAGGGACAUACGGAUACCGGCGGUACGGGGCCUGACUUUGACCAUACCUUGGGCACAGCACUAGGACAUUACAUGUACUUCGAGGCCUCCAACAUUGACCCUGGGGAGACAGCACGCCUGUUGUCUCCUACCCUUCCAAUCAUCCCCUCGUCUUCGAGCCAUACAAGUUACUGCCUGACGUUCUGGUACCACAUGUACGGCCUCCAUAUUGGUACUCUGAUUGUUAACCGGAAAGGGAGCGGAGGCUCCGAAAUCCCUGUAUGGAGCCUCUUCGAUGAACAAGGCAACGCCUGGCGACAAGGACAGCUUCCUCUUGACGGCACCGCGGAGUCAGCGGUGGUGUUUGAGGCAGUUCGCGGAAGCAGUUACAGGGGAGACAUCGCAAUAGAUGAUGUUCAUGUGAUACCAUACACAGGACAAUGCGAACUUAUCCCUGCAUCUGCCAUGGUGCCUUCGCCUUCAUCACCCACCAUCACUAUCCAAUCGUCUAGUACACGUGCUUACCUAUCAACGCCAAGGACAUUGUCCUCAGUAACAACAACAACAGGGCAACCGACCACAGCAAUGUCGACAGAAACACCAUCGGCAAUCGUCACUAUUGCAACCGGGCAAUCGUCAACACCCGGCCGUAUCCCUUCUACAACUACUACAAGUGUACCUCCCACACCCGCCAUUACUGCCCAAUCGCCCAACACACGUACCUAUCUAUCAACGUCAGGAUUACUGCCUAUAGCAACAACAAAAUGGCAAUCUACUAGUAUAUCAACAGAAUCCACCAUCGCGACAGGGCCAUCGUGGACAACUAGCAGACCG